CCGUCGCCACUCACAGUCGCCGCGCGCUGCUCAGAGCCUGAGGGAGCGCAGCGAGCGGGCGAGCGAGCAAGCGAGUAGCGGGGGCGCCUGGUCGUUGUCUGAGCUCGGGCCGGUCGUCUCCACCGCGCUCCAGGACCCCCCGAGAGGAACGAGAGGCAGCCGAAGAGUGCAGGAGCGGAGUCCGGAGAGCCCGCGGCUGAGGCGCCAGUCCCACUCCACCUCCUCCUGUGCCAGCCGGGGAGUGCUCGCCCACCGCCCCGCCGGCCCAGAGCCUGUAGCCCGGGUCCCCACUGUCACAGGGAUGGUCUAGGAGCCUGCAAGGGGCUCGCAGCUCCGCUCCGCUCCUCUCCCGGACUCUCUGCCUCCUACCGACCGCUCCCGGUUGCGCGCCCCGCCGGCCCAGGCCGGAGAAGUUAGUUGUGCGCGCCGCUUAGCGCGCGAGCCAGCAGCCGGGCGAGCGAAGCUGCGAGGCGCCGGGACCAUGGGCUGGGGUUGGAGGAGCCGCUGCUGCUGCCUUGGACGGCGGGACCUGCUGUGCGUGCUGGCGCUGCUCGCGGGCUGCCUGCUCCCAGUGUGCCGGACGCGCGUCUACACCAACCACUGGGCAGUGAAGAUCGCUGGCGGUUUCGCGGAGGCCGACCGCAUAGCCAGCAAGUACGGAUUCAUCAACGUAGGACAGAUUGGUGCACUGAAGGACUACUAUCACUUCUACCAUAGUAGGACCUUUAAAAGGUCUGUUCUCUCGAGCAGAGGAACCCACAGUUUCAUCUCCAUGGAACCAAAGGUGGAGUGGAUCCAGCAGCAAGUGGUGAAAAAACGGACCAAGAGGGAUUACGACCUCAGCCGUGCCCAGUCCACCUACUUCAAUGAUCCCAAGUGGCCAAGCAUGUGGUACAUGCACUGCAGCGACAACACACAUCCCUGCCAGUCAGACAUGAAUAUUGAGGGAGCCUGGAAGCGAGGUUACACGGGGAAGAACAUCGUGGUGACUAUCCUGGAUGACGGCAUCGAGAGAACCCACCCUGAUCUGAUGCAAAACUAUGAUGCUCUGGCAAGUUGCGAUGUCAAUGGGAAUGACUUGGACCCGAUGCCUCGUUACGAUGCAAGCAAUGAGAACAAGCAUGGGACCCGUUGUGCUGGAGAAGUGGCAGCCGCUGCAAACAACUCUCACUGCACCGUUGGAAUUGCUUUCAACGCCAAGAUUGGAGGUGUGCGGAUGCUGGAUGGCGAUGUCACAGACAUGGUGGAAGCAAAGUCUGUCAGCUACAACCCACAGCAUGUGCACAUCUACAGUGCCAGCUGGGGCCCGGAUGACGAUGGCAAGACUGUGGAUGGGCCAGCUCCCCUCACCCGGCAAGCCUUUGAGAACGGUGUGAGAAUGGGGCGGAGAGGCCUUGGCUCUGUGUUUGUCUGGGCAUCUGGCAAUGGUGGAAGGAGCAAAGACCACUGCUCUUGUGAUGGCUAUACCAACAGCAUCUACACCAUCUCCAUCAGCAGUACAGCUGAAAGUGGAAAGAAACCGUGGUACUUGGAAGAGUGUUCCUCUACACUGGCCACAACCUACAGCAGUGGAGAAUCCUAUGAUAAGAAAAUAAUCACUACUGAUCUAAGACAGCGGUGCACGGACAAUCAUACCGGGACAUCAGCCUCAGCCCCCAUGGCUGCUGGCAUCAUUGCCCUAGCCCUGGAAGCCAAUCCGUUUCUGACCUGGAGAGACGUACAGCAUGUUAUUGUCAGGACUUCCCGUGCGGGACAUUUGAACGCUAAUGACUGGAAAACCAAUGCUGCUGGUUUUAAGGUGAGCCAUCUCUAUGGAUUUGGACUGAUGGAUGCGGAAGCCAUGGUGAUGGAGGCAGAGAAGUGGACAACUGUUCCUCAGCAGCACGUGUGUGUGGAGAGCACGGACCGGCAAAUCAAGACCAUUCGCCCCAACAGCGCUGUGCGCUCCAUCUACAAAGCCUCGGGCUGCUCGGAUAAUCCCAACCAUCAUGUCAACUACCUGGAGCACGUGGUUGUGCGCAUCACCAUCACGCACCCUCGGAGGGGAGACCUGGCCAUCUACCUGACCUCCCCCUCGGGAACCAGAUCCCAGCUUUUGGCCAACAGGCUGUUUGAUCAUUCCAUGGAAGGGUUUAAGAACUGGGAGUUCAUGACCAUUCAUUGCUGGGGAGAACGGGCUGCUGGUGACUGGAUCCUUGAAGUUUAUGAUACUCCAUCUCAGCUGAGAAACUUCAAGACCCCAGGUAAAUUGAAAGAAUGGUCCUUGGUCCUCUAUGGCACAUCUGUGCAGCCCUACUCCCCAACCAAUGAGUUUCCCAAGGUAGAGCGCUUCCGCUACAGCCGGGUGGAAGAUCCCACGGACGACUAUGGUGCUGAAGAUUAUGCGGGUCCCUGUGAUGCUGAAUGCAGUGAGGUUGGCUGUGACGGGCCAGGACCAGACCACUGCAAUGACUGUUUACACUACUACUACAAGCUGAAAAAUAACACCAGAAUCUGUGUCUCCAGCUGCCCUCCUGGCCACUACCAUGCUGACAAGAAGAGGUGCCGGAAGUGUGCGCCCAACUGUGAGUCCUGCUUCGGCAGCCACGGUGAUCAGUGCCUAUCCUGUAAAUAUGGCUACUUUCUGAAUGAAGACACCAGCAGUUGUGUUACUCAGUGCCCUGAUGGGUCAUACCAGGAUACCAAGAAGAACCUUUGUGAGAAAUGCAGUGAGAACUGUAAGACGUGCACCGGAUUCCACAACUGCACGGAGUGCAAGGGAGGGUUAAGUCUUCAGGGAUCCCGCUGUUCUGUCACCUGUGAGGAUGGACAGUUCUUCAACGGCCACGAUUGCCAGCCCUGUCACCGUUUCUGUGCUGCCUGUGCAGGGGCUGGAGCAGAUGGGUGCAUUAACUGCACUGAGGGUUACGUCAUGGAAGAGGGGAGAUGUGUACAGAGCUGCAGUGUGAGUUACUAUUUGGACCAUAAUUCAGAUAGCGGAUACAAAUCUUGCAAGAGAUGCGACAACAGCUGUUUGACAUGCAGUGGCCCGGGCUUCAAGAACUGUUCCAGCUGCCCCAGUGGAUAUCUUUUAGACUUGGGAAUGUGUCAGAUGGGAGCCAUCUGCAAGGAUGGAGAAUAUAUGGAUGAGCAAGGCCACUGCCGUGCCUGUGAAGCCUCAUGUGCCACGUGCUCGGGACCGACUCAAGACGACUGUACCAGCUGCCCCAUAACGAGAGUUUUUGAUGAUGGCCGCUGCAUUUUGAAUUGCGCCUCAUGGAAGUUUGAACUUAAGAAGCAAUGCUAUCCGUGCCACCACAGUUGCCAAGGAUGCCGAGGAAGGGGGCCUUCCAACUGUACCUCCUGUGGAGCAGACAAGCAUGGUCGGGAGCGCUUCCUAUACCAGGGAGAAUGUCGGGAGAGCUGCCCUGUGGGCCAUUAUCCUGCCAAGGGACAUGCCUGCCUGCCCUGCCCAGACAACUGUGAGCUUUGCUACAAUCCACAUGUCUGCAGUCGAUGUAUGAGUGGCUACUUCAUCGUGCCCACCAACCACACCUGCCAGAGGCUGGAGUGCGGACAAGGUGAAUUCCAGGAUUCUGAGUAUGAAGAAUGCAUGCCUUGUGAGGAAGGAUGUCUGGGAUGCACUGUGGAUGAUCCAGGAGCCUGUACCUCGUGCGCUGCAGGAUACUACAUGUUUGAGCGGCGUUGUUAUAAAGUCUGUCCUGAAAAGACCUUCAGUGCCGAAUGGGAGUGCAGAGCCUGUGGCCCCAACUGUGGCAACUGCAACCAGCAUGAGUGCUAUUGGUGUGAGGAGGGCUUCUUUCUCUCAGGUGGCAGCUGUGUGCAGGAUUGUGGCCCUGGCUUCUACGGAGACCAAGAGUUGGGAGAGUGUCAGCCCUGCCACCGAGCCUGUGAGACUUGUACCGGCUUGGGCUACAACCAAUGCAGCAGCUGUCAAGAAGGAUUGCAGCUGUGGCACGGGGCGUGUGUCUGGCGCACAGGGCCCCAAGAGGGGGAAGGCAAGUUCCGGAACGAAGCUGUUCCCACUGAAAACCCAUCUAUGGUGAAGAACCUGCUGCAGGAGCAACGAAGGUGGAAAGUUCAAGUCAAAAGAGAUGCCACAAAGCAAUAUCAACCUUGCCAUUCUUCCUGUAAGACCUGCGCUGGAUCUGAAACUCUCUGCACUUCCUGUCCUGCAGGUACAUACCUGUGGCUGCAGACCUGUGUUCCCUCCUGUCCCCAAGGCACGUGGCCAUCGCUCAGGAGCGGCAGCUGCGAGAGCUGUGCUGAAGACUGUGCCUCCUGCACUGGGGCUGACCUUUGCCAGAAGUGCCUAAGUCAGCCGGACAACCUUCUGCUCCUCCAUGAGGGCCGCUGCUACCACAGUUGCCCGGAGGGCUUCUACGCACAAGAGGGGAUCUGUGAACACUGCAGUUCCCCGUGCAGAACGUGCGAGGGAAAUGCUACCAACUGUCACUCUUGUGAAGGAGACUUUGUCCUAGACCACGGGGUAUGCUUGAAAACUUGCCCUGAAAAGCAUGUGGCCGUGGAAGGUGUCUGCAAACACUGCCCUGAAAAUUGCCAGGACUGCAUCCACGAGGAAACCUGCAAAGAAUGCAUGCCGAACUUCUUCCUGCACGAUGACACAUGCCGUCCCUCCUGUCCCAAGCACUUUUAUCCUGACUUGGGCCAGUGUGUCUCCUGCCAUAAAAACUGUCUGGAGUGCAAUGGCCCCAAGGAAGAUGACUGUGUGGGCUGCACUGAUUCUUCCAAGGUUCUCUACAAUGGGCUGUGUCUGGACGUGUGCCCCGAGGGAACCUACAAAGACGAGGGGACUGACAAAUGCGAAGAUUGCCCCGAAUUCUGCUGGAUCUGCUCAUCAGAAUGGACCUGCCUGGCUUGUCAGGAAGGCCUGACGAUCGUGAAUGAGGUCUGCACAGCGCCCAAGGAGUGCGCAGCUGUUGAGUACUGGGAUGAGGGCACUCACAGGUGCCAGCCAUGUCACAGGAAGUGCUCCCGCUGCUCGGGGCCUGCCGAGGACCAGUGCUAUACCUGCCCUAGAGAGACUCUUCUUCUCAACACAACCUGUGUUAAAAGCUGCCCAGAAGGCUACCACACUGACAAGGACAGCGGCCGGUGUGUGCCCUGCCACAACUCCUGCAGGACCUGUGAAGGACCCCACAGCAUGCAAUGCCACUCCUGCCGACCUGGCUGGUUCCAGCUGGGCAAAGAGUGCUUGCUGCAAUGUAGGGAUGGAUAUUAUGGAGAAAGCACCAGUGGUCGUUGUGAGAAGUGUGACAAGAGCUGCAAGGCAUGCCGGGGCCCGCGGCCCACAGACUGCCAGGCUUGCGAUACAUAUUUCUUUCUCCUGCGCUCCAAGGGCCAGUGUCACCGCACCUGCCCAGAGCACUACUACGCAGACCAACAGGCGCAGACCUGUGAGAGGUGCCACCCAACGUGUGACAAAUGUAACGGAAAGGGAGUAUGGAAUUGCUUGUCCUGUGUGUGGAGCUACCACCUUCUGGGAGGAAUGUGUGCCUCGGACUGUCCUGUAGGGGAAUACAGAGAUGGAGAGGGAGAAAACUUUAGCUGCAAAAAAUGCCAUGAGAGCUGCAUAGAGUGCAAGGGACCCGGAGCCAAGAACUGCACUGUGUGCUCAACUGGCCUGCUGCUGAACAUGGACGACAGCCGCUGCCUCCGCUGCUGCAACGCUUCCCACCCCCUCGGCUCCCAGGACUGCUGUGACUGCCAGAGUACCACAGAAGAGUGCAUCCUUCCAGCCAGCGAGGCUGCACCCUUGGAGCACGCCACAAUCACUUUGCUGGUGACCUCGGGUGUUAUGCUGCUGCUGCUGUUGGGGGCCGCUGUGCUAGUGUGGCGGAAGUCUCGAAGCCAACCUGUGGCAAAGGGGCGCUACGAAAAGUUGGUGGAACCCACCGUGUCAUACUCCUCCUACAGACACAGCUAUAUUGAGGAGGACCAGGUGAUUGAGUAUAGGGACAGGGACUAUGAUGAAGAUGAUGAGGAUGACAUCGUCUACAUGGGCCAAGAUGGCACUGUCUACCGGAAGUUCAAGUACGGGCUGCUGGACGAGGAAGAAGAUGAUGAGUUGGAGUAUGACGAUGAGAGCUAUUCCUACCAGUAAUCAAAGCCUAGUGGUCCCCACCGCUCUCAGCCCUGCUGGGAGAUACCGUCACGUUGACUGAGGUUCGAGUGUUUGUGCUUUGUCCUAACUUUGUUUCCAACCUGAAUAAACAGAGAUGCUGGAGUCUGCUGUGCUGCCUUUGACCAACUGAGUGCAAAGAACAGAUCCUACAAGGGGAGAAUUCAAAGGCACUUUCCUGGAGAGUAUGUCAAGACGUUAAAUGCAGAAAGUGAAAGGAAGUCAGAUCCAUUGAACACCAACAUGAUUCCUAAAAUGGACGGGGCAGAGGACCAUAAGGACUCUGUUUUCCAGCUGCUUGUUGGAGACCCCUGCUACCUUCUGGAAAUCUGCUAUUUGACUAGCGGAGAGACAGAGUAACAGAGAGUUCUUGGGUUGGGUGGGAGGUCUCUUCCUUUUUGAUUGUGUUUAAGAAGAAAAUUUGUAAAGAUCAGGAAAAUGGGGGCUUGUAAUUUCUUUCACAGUACCUCCGGAGGAGCCGAAAAGACCAUCUCUCCUGCCAAUGCUCAGGACCCAGAUAAAAUGAAAGGAUUGGUGUAGCCUCAUAGCUGAGAGAGCUCAUACUCACUGAGCUCUGGCUCCUUUGUAGAAGUCCAGAACUGUACCGACCACUGGCAAAGGAAGUUUAGGUAGAGGGCAGGCAGUAUCAAGUCCACAAGGACUUAGGUAGAGGGCAGGCAGUAUCAAGUCCACAAGGAAGGAAAUUGUUUCCAAACAUCGCACCCUGGUAAUUUUCUAAGGAUCUUUUUGAUAGGAAGUAAUAAAAGAACAUGGUAAUGGCAACUUAGCACAAAAUACAAUAAUUUCAUCCACUCUAAAAAAAAAUUGAAAGAUGUUAGCUGCUAAAUCCGUGCACAGCUUUCACUAAUGAGUCAUCCAAAAAGCCUGGAAUAUCCUUAAGAAAAGCUGGGGUAGAGUCUACCAUUUACAAACUUUCCGACACGGCGCUCACUGGCUGCAGGCAAGCUGCAAGCAUCUGCCCAGCUCUCUUCAGUCCCGUGACUUUUUGUUUCUGGGUCUUCAAAACUUUUCUUGCACUCUGGUCAAGGUGUUCUUAGAUUAUGCAGCGGUGGGCACUCUCUGCAGAUGAGAAUUCACAGGGUGGGCGCUGACUGCAGAAAGGCAUGGGCAGAGCCUCAUGGAGCUCCUUGUGGCAGGCAACGCUGUGUGCGGAACACCAAAAGUGCACCGUGAGAGGGUGAUAGUCUAAUAAGAACUGCACACUUACCAUGGACCAGGUACCAACCUAACUAAGGUAUCUUGCCCACUUCGUACUUAACAACUCUACCAGAUGAUGCCAUCCACCCCUUGUUUUUAUAGGAAAUCUGAGGCUUCCAAAAGGCUAAGCCAUUAGUUCAAAGUCACAGACAGCUGAUCAAAAUUCAAGAAAUAAGAAUGACCUUGAAGCAUUAUUCUUAAUAACUGUGCUCCACUGGCAGUGUGAAAACAAACAUCCUAAACAUAAUAAAACUAGGUCUAUUAUUUUAUUCUAUGACAAUUAUCCCACACACUAUAGUAACAUAGGUGGAUGUAAGUAUGGGAAAUCCCUAUGCUUGUGUUUCUUUAGAGAAAAGCCCUCAGGACAGAGACCACUAAACAGUCUCUCCCAAUAACCAGGUUUCUCCCCAGGCUUUUUGAGCAAAAAAAAAAAACUCUAUUGUUAUUGUGCAAACUACCAUGGGAACAUGCUUGGAAUCAGUAAAAUAUUAAUGAGUAAACUGGACUCCAGCAAAACUUUAUUUAGGGACACUUACUAUCUGAAUUUCAGACCAUUGUCACAUAUGAAGUAACAUCCUUUUGAUGGCCGUUUAAAAACAUGGUAACUCUGAAGUCUAGCUUCAGACUCUUCAGGCUCCGUGAGUACCACAUACACAUAGGAUCCAGUUCCCAAUUUUUGUUCAUUUAAAAUGAUCUCUUCCAAAUCCAUUUGAUUACCAUCGUAUCAGUGGAAGAAUUCAUCAUUUCUUGCUGUGUAAUUCCAGAGUUCAACUAUAGAAACAAGUCAUUUAUAUUUAUGUAUCAUUCAUAUUCCUUGAGAAUGUAGAGACGGACUGAUCUGCUCUCAAGUAGCCUUAAAUUUUUUCCCAGAAAAAUAUCUGUGUUUGCGAUAAUGUACACUCUUAUAAGACGACUUGAAAUACUAAGGAAAAAAAUGGUGUUGUUACUCUUUAUGAUCCACAAGAAAAGGAACCUUGUGCCUGUGUGUGAUGAAGACUGGAUGCUUACCCAGUCCCUGUCUGUGUACUCAUGAUACAUUCUUCUCAAACUUCCUUUGAAUUCUGUCUAACAACUGACUUAAUGGAUAAAUAUGUGGUUGAAAAACAGUUCUCAGUUUUCUGCUUGCAAGAAAUUUGAAAAUGUUAAGACUGAAAAUUCACCAGGAGACUGGGUAAAAGUCCAGAAGAUUCUGGCUCCCUGAAAGGAAUUUUAAUUAGAAACAAAGUGAA